UUCUAUCGCCUAAUCACUUAUUUCUGUAUUACUCAUUCGCAAAGUUGCACUGGUUACUUGUACGAUAUUUGUUUUAUUGUUUCUUUUUAAUAUUAGUCAAAUGUCUACUUCUACUUCUGUUUUACAAAUAGGGCGUAGACGUACCAAGGAGAAUCAAUCCUAUAACGGUCCUCCUAGAAUGGGUCCCGUUCGAUAUAUUAGUCCAGCAUCACUAAAUCUUGAAUUUCUUCAUGAACAGAAUCGUGCCGCUCUCCAAAAGAAGGAUGCUACCAAGGUAGUUGAUCCAGCACCUGGUGUUGCUGCAAAAGGCAAACCUAGAUUAUUAUUGAUGGGUCAAAGAAGAUCUGGAAAGUCCUCGAUAUCUAGCGUGGUAUUUCAUAAGAUGCCUCCAAAUGAAACUCUCUUUCUCGAAUCUACCGCAAGAAUUCAAAAAGAUUCUAUGCAUUCCUUUAUGGAUUUCCAGGUUUGGGAUUUUCCAGGUCAAAUCGAUUUUCAAGAUGCUCAAUUCGAUGUUGAUGCGAUAUUUGGUGAAAUUGGUGCUUUAAUUUGGGUUAUCGAUGCUCAAGAUGAUUACUUGGAAGCCAUUGCUCGUCUCAACAGCACCAUUUACAACCUUCAUCAAUCUUUCCCCAAUAUCAACAUUGAAGUAUUCAUUCAUAAAGUUGAUGGUCUAUCAGAUGAUUAUAUGCUCGAUAUUCAACGCGAUAUCAUGCAACGAAUUCAAGAUGAACUCUCGGAUCAAGGAAUGGAAAAUGCACCUGUCAAUUUUCACCUCACAUCUAUCUACAAUCAUUCUAUCUUUGAAGCUUUUAGUAAAGUCAUUCAAAAAUUGAUUCCUCAUCUUGCUACACUCGAAGCUCUUCUCAAUGAUCUUUGUCGCAAUUGUCGAUUCGAAAAAGCAUACCUCUUUGAUGUUCUCUCCAAGAUUUACAUUGCAACCGAUUCUUCCCCAGUCGAUAUGCCUUCUUAUGAAAUCUGUAGCGAUUAUAUCGAUGUCAUCGUCGACGUCUCUGAAAUAUAUGGAUAUCAGCGAUCACCGGAAUACAUUACGAAAUUAGAAGGACCACCAUGGAAUAAGAAAUUGGAAGAGCAAAUCGCGUGUAAGGAUGCGGAAAGUGUCAUUGUACUUACGGCGGACAAGAGACCCAUUAUGUUGAGGGAGGUUAAUAAGUAUUUGGCGUUGGUGGCGAUUAUGAAGGAGGGGAGUUAUGAGAAGAUGCCGUUGGUUACGAUGAAUGUGGAGACGGUGGUGGAUGGGUUGACGAAGGUUUUUGAGAUUACGAGGCAGAAGAAGUGA